GUGGCGAGCAGGAUGGUUGCCGUUACUCUGUGAUGCGAUCGGGGAUGAAUUGCUCGCUUUAAAAAUGCUGCUUUGGAUUUUGUUGCUGGAGACGUCUCUUUGUUUUGCCGCUGGAAACGUGACAGGGGACGUUUGCAAAGAGAAGAUCUGUUCUUGCAAUGAGAUAGAAGGGGACCUACAUGUAGACUGUGAAAAGAAAGGCUUUACAAGUCUGCAGCGUUUCACCGCCCCGACCUCCCAGUUUUACCAUUUAUUUCUGCACGGCAAUUCCCUCACUCGACUUUUCCCCAAUGAGUUCGCUAACUUUUAUAAUGCGGUUAGUUUGCAUAUGGAAAACAAUGGCUUGCAUGAAAUCGUGCCGGGGGCUUUCCUGGGGCUGCAGCUGGUGAAAAGGCUGCAUAUCAAUAAUAACAAGAUCAAGUCUUUUCGAAAGCAGACUUUUUUGGGGCUGGACGAUCUGGAAUACCUCCAGGCGGAUUUUAAUUUAUUAAGGGAUAUAGACCCGGGGGCUUUCCAGGACUUGAACAAGCUGGAGGUACUCAUUUUAAAUGACAACCUCAUCAGUACCCUGCCUGCCAAUGUGUUCCAAUACGUGCCCAUCACCCACCUCGACCUCCGGGGAAACCGGCUGAAAACGCUGCCCUAUGAGGAGGUCUUGGAGCAAAUCCCUGGCAUCGCGGAGAUCCUGCUGGAGGAUAACCCCUGGGACUGCACCUGUGAUCUGCUGUCCCUGAAAGAAUGGCUGGAGAACAUUCCCAAAAACGCCCUGAUCGGCCGAGUGGUCUGCGAAGCCCCCACCAGACUGCAGGGGAAAGACCUCAAUGAAACUACUGAGCAGGACUUGUGUCCUUUGAAAAACCGAGUGGAUUCUAGUUUGCCGGCGCCCCCUGCCCAAGAAGAGACCUUCGCUCCUGGCCCCCUGCCAACUCCGUUCAAGACAAAUGGACCCGAGGACCACGCCACCCCGGGGGCUGCUCCAAAUGGAGGUACAAAGAUUCCUGGCAACUGGCAGAUCAAGCCCACUGCCCCGAUCGCCACCGGUAGCGCCAGAAACAAACCCCCAGUGAAUGCCUUGCCCUGUCCUGGGGGCUGCAGCUGCGACCACAUCCCGGGGGCGGGCUUAAAGAUGAACUGCAACAACCGGAACGUGAGCAGUUUGGCUGAUUUGAAGCCUAAACUCUCCAACGUGCAGGAGCUCUUCCUGCGCGAUAAUAAGAUCCACAGCAUUCGCAAAUCCCACUUUGUGGAUUACAAGAACCUCAUUCUGUUGGAUCUGGGCAACAACAAUAUCGCCAGCGUGGAGAACAACACUUUCAAGAGUCUUCUGGAUCUCAGAUGGCUCUACAUGGAUAGUAACUACCUAGACACGCUGUCCCGGGAGAAAUUCGCUGGACUGCAGAAUCUCGAAUAUUUGAACGUGGAAUACAACGCGAUCCAGCUCAUCCUCCCGGGCACUUUCCACGCCAUGCCCAAACUGAGGAUCCUCAUUCUCAACAACAACUUGCUGAGGUCCCUCCCGGUGGAUGUGUUCGCGGGGGUCUCGCUUUCCAAGCUCAGCCUGCACAAUAAUUACUUCAUGUACCUCCCGGUGGCCGGGGUGCUGGACCAGUUAACCUCCAUCAUCCAGAUCGACCUGCACGGAAACCCCUGGGAGUGCUCCUGCACCAUUGUGCCUUUCAAACAAUGGGCAGAACGCCUGGGCUCCGAAGUGCUGAUGAGCGACCUCAAGUGUGAGACGCCCGUGAACUUCUUCAGAAAGGAUUUCAUGCUCCUUUCCAAUGACGAGAUCUGCCCCCAGCUGUACGCCAGGAUCUCGCCCACGUUAACUUCGCACAGCAAAAACAGCACUGGGUUGGCGGAGACCGGGACGCAUUCCAACUCCUACCUAGACACCAGCAGGGUGUCCAUCUCCGUGUUGGUCCCGGGACUGCUGCUGGUGUUUGUCACCUCCGCCUUCACCGUGGUGGGCAUGCUCGUGUUUAUCCUGAGGAACCGGAAGCGGUCCAAGAGAAGGGACGCCAACUCCUCAGCGUCCGAAAUCAAUUCCCUCCAGACCGUGUGUGACUCUUCCUACUGGCACAACGGGCCUUACAAUGCCGAUGGAGGUCACAGAGUGUAUGACUGUGGUUCGCAUUCACUCUCAGACUAAAUCCCCUGCCCCACCUGGGAGGGGAG